AAGCGAAAGAAGAAUCGUUGUAGAAAUUUGGGUAUGUUGCUUGUCACGUUGCGUUGUUGUCAGAUUUGGAGUAAUUGAGGUAUUUCUCAACUUUUUUGAUAUCUUUGUUGUGUCAGUGUGUGAGGUUGAAAAUCACGGUGAAAAAAAAACGAAUGUUGAAUUAUUCAGGAAGUUCAUUAUGGUUACAAAGGGGAAAGCUAAAAUGAGGGGAGGAGGAGUAAAAUAGAAACCAUUGCCAUUUUUGAUCUCAGCGUAAAAUUUUAACCUACUUUGAUAGGUCACACGACAAAGUUUGAGAAAAAAUUGUGAAGUCAGUAUUUUAGGGGUUGAAAUUAACAAGGGCUGAGGUGUGAAAUGACAACUUUCAUUAUUUUUCAUCUUAGCUUAGAAUUUUAAACCAUCGUGUGUCCUAUCGAAGUGUACUAAAAUUUUUUGUUGGAUCAGAAAUGGAACAGUGGCGAAAGUUUUCAAUAUUACCCCCUCCUUUUAUGUUUACAUCCCUUAAAAACAAACUUCGCUAUUUCUUUUUCAAAUAUAGUUGUGUGACCUAUUGAAAUAGGGUAAAAUUUCACACUGAGAACAUAAUUAGCGUCCGUUUUUAUUUUGCAACCCUUCCCGUAGUUUUGCCUCCCCCACACCCCCCACACCUCUCAAAACAUAGCUGCACUCAUCUUUUUUCAAACAUUACCGUGUGACCUAUUAAAAUAGGUUGAAAUUUUGCACUGAGAACAUUAGUAGUGGCGGAUUCCAUUUUGCAACCCCUCCCGUUGUUUUAGCCCCCUCUUCCCGUUCCAAACCUAGCUUCACUCAUUUUUUCUCAAACAUAGCUGUGUGGCCCAUCAAAAUGGGUUAGAAUUUUGUGCUGAGAACGAUAGUGAUGGCAGUUUUCAUUUUGCGAUUUCUUUCCUUCUUUUAGCUUUCUCUCAAAACUCAAUUCCACCAUUUCUUAUUCAAACAUAGUCGUGUGACCAAUCAAAAUAGGUUUAAAUUUUGCGUCAAGAAUAAUGAUUGCUGCAGUUUUCAUUUUACAGACCGUCUUCUUGUUUUAAUGCCCCCACAGAACCCAGCCACCCUACAUAUUUCUUUUUCAGUCUAGCCAUGUGACCCAUCAAAAUGGGUUACAAUUUUACGCUGAAAACAAUGCUGGUAGUGAUUUUCAUUUCGAAAGUUUUCCUCAUUGAAUUAUUGAAUUUUGACUCUAAAUAUUUCCUAACAAAAUAGAAAAUGAAAUUGUUCACGCUGUUUUCGAAGCAUUUGUAUAAUGUAUAAAGUAAGUAAUCUAUAUACUCGUACAACAAUAAAACUCAAGGAAACAUGUUCUUGCUUCGAGGGUUAUGGUCACUGAGGUCACUUUAUUUCGACUUCUUUUCGAUAACUCGUAUUCGACGAAAAAAAAGUACAUUCUCUUACAAGCCUUGAGGUGUAAUAUACUUACUAUGUAGUACAUUAUCGCUGUAUUAAGAAGUCAAGAUAAGGCGCAUGGUGAGCAAACAUUUGUAGGACAUAAAUACCUUCAUCGACAAUAAAGAUUAACACUUUUUUCAACACGUUUUUCAAAUUUGCAUGUAGCAUUGUUCAAGAGUUUAUGUGCUUCAAGUGAUUGGCAGACAGUAUUAGAGCUUUCCCUGUAAAAGUAGUAUGUGACGCCCGCAACUUGUUCAUUUUCUACAUAUUUCUUUCGUUUUUAAAAAUUUAAAUACAGGUAGGCGUCUGUCAGUUCUGUCUUUUGUUUGUUAUCAGCGCUAAAUAAGUAAUCAGCCAGCAGGAGUAAGUACUCAUAAUUCAUUUCCAGCUGAUUUUACAUGAAUCAUGAUUUUCAAUAAAGUAUUCGCUGAAAUAUUCUGGGCUGUUCUGAUAAUCGUUUAUGGAGCUGUUGAUGGGAAGGGUGUAAUAAAGACCGGUUCUGGAGCACCUGUUGAUAGCUUGACUGCUACUCUAACAGCUGGUCCCAAAGGACCUGUUGUAAUUCAAGAUACUAUCUUGAUCGAUGAAUUAGCUCAUUUCAAUCGAGAGCGUAUUCCUGAACGAGUUGUGCAUGCUAAAGGAGGUGGUGCAUUCGGAUUUUUUGAAUGUACCCACGAUGUCACAAAAUACACGAAACUGGCCCCUUUCGCCGAAAUUGGAAAAAAAACUAGAGUAGCGGCUCGGUUUUCUACUGUCGGUGGAGAAAGUGGUUCUGCUGAUACCUUACGAGAUCCUCGAGGUUUCGCCGUAAAAUUCUACACAGAAGAUGGAAUAUGGGAUUUAGUGGGAUUAAACACUCCAGUAUUUUUCCUCAGAGAUCCUAUGCUAUUUCCAAGUCUUAUUCAUUCCCAAAAAAGAAAUCCAGUUACUCAUUUAAAGGAUUACAGAUCGUUCUGGGAUUUCAUCACCUUAACGCCAGAAACAACGUACCAAACAUUGAAUGUUUUUUCGGAAAUGGGUAUACCAGAUGGUUUCAGAUUCAUGGACGGACAUCCAGUCCACUCUUUCAAAUUAGUUAACGCAUAUGGAACACCUUAUUUUUGCAAAUUUCAUUUUAAAGCUCCGGAAAUAAGAAAUUUAACAGCUGAUAAAGCGGCCGAAUUAGCUUCCUCGGACCCUGAUUACAGUAUUCGUGAUUUAUACUUUGCCAUCGACAGAAAAGAUUUCCCUACUUGGACGUUGUUCAUUCAAGUUCUGACUUAUGAGCAAGCCUACUCGUAUAAAUAUAAUCCAUUUGACGCGACUAAGAUAUUGCCAGUUAAGGACUUCCCCCUAAUAGAAGUAGGAAAGUUGGUCUUGAACGAAAAUCCAAUCAAUUAUUUCGCCCAAAUUGAACAGUUGGCAUAUGCCCCCAGUAACAUGAUACCUGGUGUAGAGGCCAGUCCAGAUAAAUUGCUUCAAGCUCGUCUUUUCGCAUACGCAGAUACUCAACGGUAUAGACUCGGAGCUAAUCACUUACAACUACCAGUCAAUUGUCCUUGCAACGCGAACGUUAAAGUUACUAAUUACCAAAGAGACGGAGCAGCGGAUUACGCCAAUUACAGUCUCCAAGGCGCUCCGAAUUAUUACCCCAAUAGUUUUGGAGGACCACAGCCAAAUCCAAGAGUAAAAAUUUCACCUUAUAAGGUCUCAGGAGAUGUCGAAAGAUAUGACACUGGUAAUGAAGAUAACUACAGCCAGCCAAGUGCAUUAUGGGACAGUUUUGACGAAACACAACGUACCAUAUUAGUACAAAAUAUUGUCUAUUCCUUGGAGAGAGCUCAUCCUUCUUUUAUUCAGAAAAGAGCUGUGGAAAUGUUUUACAAAGUAAAUAAAGAGUUAGGUAUGAGGGUAAAAGAAGCUUUGGCCAAGAAAAAAUAACGAUAAGUAGAUAAUUUAUUUUUUAGUGAAUAUGUAUAAACAUAAAGGCUGGGUUGCUGUUCUUACAUUACAUAUUAGAUUUGUUUCAUUUU